AUGAUCGACCUAAGCUUCCUGACCGAGGAGGAGCAGGAGGCCAUCAUGAAGGUCCUGCAGCGGGAUGCUGCCCUGAAGAGGGUUGAGGAUGAGAGAGUCAGACAUUUGCCUGAAAAAGUUAAGGAUGACCAGCAGCUGAAGAAUAUGAGUGGCCAGUGGUUUUAUGAAGCCAAGGCCAAGAGGCACAGAGACAAAAUCCAUGGCACAGAUAUCAUCAGAGCAUCCAUGAGGAAGAAGAGGCUCCAGGUCGCAGCUGAGCAGAGUAAGGACAGAGAAAACAGGGCAAAGGAGAGCUGGGUGAAUAAUGUCAACGAAGAUGCUUUCCUUCCCCCAGAGCUAGCCGGUGUUGUGGAAGAGGCAGAAGAAGAUGUAGGACCAGCAAGCCCAAGUCCCAGCGUGGCAGAUCCAGCUUCCACCAUGAUUGAUACAUCCCAGGAAAACUCUAGGAACUCCGCUGCCUCUUCAGCUAAGCAAAGGAAGAAUCCAUUUAAUAGCUCCAAGUUGCCAGAAGAUCACUUAUCUCCACAAACCAAAAACGAGCAGUCAAGAAAUGGAAGGACUGGUUUCUUUCAGACUUCAAAAGAGGGUGAAUUAUCAGGGUCCAAAGAAGAGUCACCUAUCCUGGAUUCUUCAAGCCAAUCGUUAGAGAAACCAAAGCAGACUCUUCCAGGCCCUGAGAGUGGGUCCCACAUCAAACCCCCCAUCCCCAAAGCCAGGAAAAUGAUCUACAAGUCGCCUGAUCUAAAGCAGGACGAUCACCAGCCCUUUCCUGGACAAAGGACAGACCUCCUGAAGGCCAGGGGGGCUCCGAGAGGGAUCCUAAAGCGCAACUCCAGCUCCAGCAGCACCGACUCAGACACUGCCCGUUUCCACCAGAGCUUCGAAACCAAGAGCAAGAUUGGGUCACCGGGCCUCACCAUCCACGAGAGGAUCUCCGAGAAGGAGCAUUCUUUAGAAGACGAGUCCUCCUCUGGGGCACAGGAGCCGCUGAAGCACGUGAGGUUCUCUGCGGUGAAGGAGGAGCUCCCCAGGAGUCCUGGGCUCAUCCAAGGCCGGGAAGUGGGAGAGUUCACUGUGUUAGAGUCCAACAGGUUGAAGAAUGGAACACAAGAUGUCGGGGACGAGGAUGAGUUCUGGAAGGACCCUAUGCCCUCGCAGUACAGAGAGCCUUUGCCUUUACCUCGAUCAGCCUCAAGCCCAAGUGCAUUGAAACACGAAACACAUCAGCCAAAGACUUCCGGUCCUUCUCCAAGUAACGGGCAGCCUUCCCCCUCGGAAGUUUUACCGGCAAGACCACAGUCCAGUGAGAAUUCACCCACCAUCAGGGAACACGAAGCUAAAUCGUCAGAACUAUCAAGGCUUGAAUCGGAAUUGUCCAAAAGCCCUGCUGAUGAACGGUCUCAUGUUGAGUCUGAGCCUUCUCAGGUGCCAGAUCACAGCUCUCGAGACCAUCAGCAAGGUUCAGAGGAAGAGCCCAGUCCUGUUUUGAAAACUUUGGAAAGGAGUGCUGCUAGGAAAAUGCCUUCCAAAAGUCUAGAAGACAUUUCAUCAGAUUCAUCAAAUCAAGCAAAGAUAGAUAAUCUGCCAGAAGAAUUAGUGCGUAGUGCUGAAGAUGUUUCCACAGUGCCUUCACAGCCUGACAAUCAGUUUUCCCACCCCGACAAACUCAAAAGGAUGAGCAAGUCUGUUCCAGCAUUUCUCCAAGAUGAGAGUGAUGACAGAGAAACAGACACAGCAUCAGAAAGCAGUUACCACCUCAGCAGACACAAGAAGAGUCCCAGCUCUCUAACCAAUCUUAGCAGCUCCUCUGGCAUGACGUCCCUGUCUUCUGUGAGCGGCAGUGUGAUGAGCGUGUACAGUGGAGACUUUGGCAAUCUGGAGGUGAAAGGAAGCAUCCAGUUCGCGGUGGAGUAUGUGGACUCGUUGACGGAGCUGCAUAUCUUUGUGGCCCAGUGUAAAGACUUAGCCGCCGCAGACAUGAGAAAACAACGUUCAGACCCAUAUGUAAAGACUUACCUGUUACCAGACAAGGGCAAAAUGGGCAAGAAGAAAACAUUUGUUGUGAAGAAAACUUUGAAUCCUGUGUAUAACGAGAUACUGCGGUAUAAAAUCGAAAAGCAAAUCUUAAAGACACAGAAGCUGAACCUGUCUGUAUGGCAUCGGGAUACAUUCAAACGCAAUAGUUUUCUUGGGGAAGUGGAACUUGAUUUGGAAACUUGGGACUGGGACAGCAAACAGAAUAAACAAUUGAAGUGGUACCCUCUGAAGCGAAAAACAGCACCAGUUGCCCUUGAAGCAGAAAACAGAGGUAAAAUGAAAUUGGCUCUUCAGUACGUCCCGGAGCCUAUUCCUGGUAAAAAGCUUCCUACAACUGGAGAAGUACACAUCUGGGUGAAGGAAUGCCUUGAUCUACCCAUGCUAAGGGACAGCCAUCUGAAUUCUUUUGUAAAAUGUAUCAUCCUGCCAGAUACAAGUCGGAAAAGUCGCCAGAGGACAAGAGCUGUGGGGAAGACCACCAACCCUGUCUUCAACCACACCAUGGUGUACGAUGGCUUCAGGCCUGAAGAUCUGACAGAAGCCUGCGUAGAGCUUACCGUCUGGGACCAUUACAAACUAACCAACCAGUUCCUGGGAGGUCUUCGGAUCGGCUUUGGAACCGGUAAAAGUUAUGAUACUGAAGUGGACUGGAUGGACUCCACUUCAGAGGAAGUUGCUCUCUGGGAAAAGAUGGUAAAUUCCCCCAACACUUGGAUUGAAGCAAUCCUGCCUCUCAGAAUGCUGUUGAUCGCCAAGAUUUCCAAAUGA